ACUGUAAUGGCGCUUCCUUGUUAGACGCGUCGGUUUUUAUUUCAUCGGAAAAUAGUUGCUGCGAGCUAAGUAAGUUUCUAUUAGUGACGCCUCGCAAUGAAAACACGCGCGCUCUUUCUGCUGUAUUUACUACAGACCGGAAGGGAUUAAAGACUGUGUAGGCGGGAAAGUGUCGUUCCCGUUUUUUUUUUAUUACUAUUUUCAACGAAGACGUUAGUUGUGGAAAACAAUAUGGCCGCAGCAAAUAAACAGUUUUUUGUUUACGACCGCCGGAAAAGCAAUACACCAGAAUCUGUGGUUGCCGUGGGGCCAAAGGAUGACUACCUGGAUCUAAGGACACGGAUAAUGAAGCACUAUGGGAUUGCCUCCUCGGAGCCAUUCGUUAUCUGCACAACAAACAGGGAAGAGAUUAGCAAGGCUACUUACGACAAACUUGAAGGGGGCGAGACCUUGUACGUGCUUAAGAACAUUGACCAAGAGCUCACAGGACAAACGUUUCAGAAGGUGGAGUACUUGCCACAUUAUGACACCAUCAUCAAAUCUGGCAUGUAUGAAUACUAUGCUUCUGAAGGACAGAAUCCACUGCCAUACGCAUUUGCAGAGCUCAUUGACAAUUCCCUGGCAGCCACGAAAAACAAUGUUGGUAGCCGGAAAAUUGAGCUGAAGCUGUACCUGGACGACAGCUCGCAGCAGGAGAGGAGCACCAUCCUUGUACUGGACAAUGGCUGUGGCAUGACCUCCUGGCAGCUCAACAACUGGGCCAUCUACCGGCUGUCCAAAUUCAUUCGCAAGGACAAGGCACUGCAGCUUGUAGAAGACGGUAACUCUGAUGAAGGGGCUCAGCACAAGCCUCGGUUUCUCAACAGUGAGAUCUCUUACUUUGGAGCUGGUGGCAAACAAGCUAUUUUCUUCAUUGGCAACUCAACGAGGAUGAUAACAAAGCCGAAAGGUUCCAAAGAUGUUCAUGAGCUAGUCAUCUCCAAGGAUGAGUUUGAGCGGCGUGAGAAAGAAAAAGGGCUCAUCUACUCUGGCAACAUACUGAACAGAAAGCCUGGAGAUGCGAGUCACGUCAGCAUAGAAGAGGAAGGGCUGCAGGAAAUCAUAGCAGAUGAAGUCAACAAAGAGCAGUUCACCUGUGUGGUCAUCUGGGGCAUCUCUAGUGAACAUGUUCAGUUUCUGAAACACAACUUCAGCACUUGGUGUUCUCAGCUGGCGCAUAUUUAUCACUAUUACUUGCAUGGUCCAAAUGGAAAUGUUGCCCCAGAUGAGGCUAGCCGCGCACCAUCUCCAUACCGGCACAUCGACAUAGAGGUGAGCCUAAUCAUGAAGAGCGGGCAACACAGGGUGGCCAACUUGCGAGACAUUGACACUGAUCCGGAGACGCUGUUGAUUCGUAGCACAUCUGACCAGUUUGACUUCAAGGCUACUGUAGAUGGCACCCGAGUGGUGGAAGGACAGCUGCGUUAUCACCCCUUUCUUUACGAUCAUGAGAGCUAUCCAUCAGAGCACAGUGACCACAGAGAUGGUGACGAUGAAGAUGAGCUUAUGGCCAACGGUGUCAAGCCAGCCCGAGGUCAGCGACCUAUCUUUGAGUGCUUCUGGAAUGGCAGACUCAUCCCAUACACCACAAUUGAGGAGUUCGACUGGUGCAGCCCUCCCAAGAAGACAAGAAACAUUCCCAUUGAAUGCUUCAACAGGAUUUCGGGUGUCCUCUGGACAGAUGAUGCAUUCCAAGUAAGCACCAACAAGCUCACUUUCAUGGAUCUGGAAAACAAGCUGCGGGAAAAGAACACCAUAUUUGCCCGCGUUGUCAAUGGCCAGGUGGUGCGUGCCAGCAUCGAGAAACACUUUUUCGAGUGGCUGCAGUCGUGUCACGAGCACAGUGACAAGCAGAUCAUGUUUGAGUCUUACCAAGAGACAAUCAGCCGAAGGGACACUCAAAAGUACAAGCAGUACCCCUGGGCCGUCUUCAAUGCCAUUGAGUGGGAUGGCAAGCACUUUAAGAAAGGACAGCUGAUCAGGACACAGCGAACAAACCCAAUCAUCAUUGGCUCAAUUCGAAGGUUCCUUUUAUAUGGUGACUACUCCGAGAGUGUCUGCGCGACAGGAGGGGAGGUGGAGAUACAGCAGGAGCCGAGAUCACUCUAUGAUGAGGUGAAGAUCUUCCCACUAGCAAAGUUGGAUCGCAAGGUCACCGAUUCCAUGCUGCAGAAGAUAAUUGAUGAAGAAGAAGGAAGGUUGCCCUCAAAGCUCUACGUUACAUGGCCUGAGGGAGAUCAGCUCUACCCGAAUGAGAAGCGGCCAGCUGGAAAGGCCAUAGGUGACAUCAAGGUGGAAAUUCAGAACAAAAAGGGGGAGAAUGUCAGCAAGUUACCUGGAGCUCAGAACAAGCGUCUUUCUGUGGAAAUGAAGAUUGUCUGGCACUCUGCAUCUGGUGAUAAGGUGGUCGCGCAGUACGUCUCUCCUCACAACAAGAAUUGGGGCUAUUGGUUUCGCAGGAUGGAGAACAUUCAGAAUUUGGGGGCCCACACACUCACCCUUCAAGCCAUGUUAAGCGACUCUACCACAGCUAUGACAUCUGGCAAGGAGUUGCCAUCGUUUAAGAUUCGGUUCACAGUGACAGAGGCUGCACCGGACAAGUUCAAUGUGGGUUACUUGGAGGGCCCAUUUCGUGUUGGCACACCCUUCCAGAUCCCGCUGGACUUUCUUGAUAAGUAUGGCAACUCAACCAAGCCAUCUCCAGACCUCAGACCAGAGCUCAAGGCCAAUGGCCUGGAAUUAUCCUAUGACAGUGUCCAAGCCAAAGGCAACACACUGAUAAUCAAGGGAAUUGUGGCCAAGGGGAUUGUUGAGUCAAACUCGGGAAAGAGCUUCAACCUGACGGUGAAAAUUCCCGGCCUUGAGGAGAACACGCAGACCCUCAAGAUUCGCUUACUUCCUGGGCCAGCCUAUGAACUGCAGGUUCUUCCUGCAAGUGAAGACCAGCUGUCAUUUGAAAAUGGUGCUACGCCAUCUUUCGACUUGUCUGUGCUUGAUAUGGCAGGAAACUAUACCUGUGAACCCAAGUUUGUUGUGAUUUGCAAGUUUCAGGCACCUCGUCAGACAGGCCUGCCCGUCUACACAGUGGAUCUAUCAAAUAGCUGCAAAGGCACCAUCACAGGCCCUCCUCUCACCUUGCGCCAAGUACAGAAGGAAGAGAAAGUCACUGCCAAGUUUGAAGUCCAGAACUAUAAGAACAUAGCACAUGUGGAGAGAGUGCUGACACUGCUGCCCAGUCACCAGGCAGCUGCUCUGCGCCUUUCUUGCACUGGAGAAGAUGGGAAGGAAAUGGAAAUAGAAAAUGGCCGAGACCUUCCGUGGGUGGCAGGGGAGACACUCACGGGGCUCAGAUUUGAGGUGCGUGAUGAAAUAGGGAAGCCCAUAACUCUGACCAGCAGUCUCGUCUCCAAGCUCAAACUUAACUGGGCAUCCGACAUCCCAAAGGACCAAGUCCUGGCAGGCCGCCUGCCAGACAUUAUUUGCCCAUCAUCUGUGAAGCAGUCUCUUUUCUGCCACAUGUCCAUCAACUCUGGUCGUGCCGUGGACUUUUCUUUUACUGUGAAGCCAAAGAAUGGUGAACCUGCCAUCCUGAAAGUGUCAUGCAAAGGGACGACGGAUGUACGGAUCGGUGAAGUCCACCAGUCGGACAUUCUCAUCAGUCUCACUGACAAGUACCAGAAUCCAAUCAAAAAGCUGCAGCAUAAGGACCUUGCUGAGCUUCUCAUCAUAGCUGAGGGCAUGAACUAUGACGAUGUAAUGAAGUCCUUAGACCAGAAUUGUGGCUUUCACGUGAAAGGCCUCAAGUUCAUGGACAGCAGCCUGGGGUGCAAGGAAGUGUGUUUCCAGUGGCGAAAGCUCAAAGACUACCUGCGGCUAAAUAUUGUUCCUGGUCCACCAGCCAGCCUCGCUUACACAAACUACAACCCUGCAGAGCCUGUGACAGUGACAUCGGAAGGAAAGAUCCCCAAGCCCUUGGUGGUACAGCUUCAGGAUGCCAGAGGCAAUCCUUCCUUGGAGUCCAACAUCAAGAUCAUCCUGGGCACCGACGAGGCUAUCAAGGCGAUACCUCCUCAGCAACCAGUGAAGACGGACUCCAAAGGAAAGGCUUCCUUCGGCAUUCUCACGCUUGCCCUCAAGACUCCAGUCGCUCCUAAGCCGUGCGAGUUCAACAUCUGUUCCACCAACUGCCGAGGUCUCUUCACGCUUGGCACAAAGGCUACCAUCGGCAGGACUAUCAUCAAUGGCCCUGUGCUGAAACUGCACUUGACUUGUGACCCAGAAAAGCCAGUGGAGCUCAACGUGGACUACAAAGGGAAAAAGACCUACACUGUGGCUGAUGAAUUGCCAGAGACAACUGUGCACGUGGUCGCAGAAGAUGGCAACGUCAUGUGCUCUGUCCUGGGUAAACAAUUGAGCAUGAAGUUGACUCGUAUAGACUGUGCCCCGAAGAACCACCAAAAGGUAUUCACAGUAGCUCCAGCUGAAAACACAUCUUCCAAUGGCUUUUACCACUUCAGGAAAGUGAGGGUUCCAGAAAAGUCUGGAGAAUAUAACAUGCAGUUCCACUUCAACAAUGGCAAGCAUGCAAUCAGCAGUGCAAUUAUAUCACUAACAGUUGUGCCGGAUAUCCCCGUGAAGCUGGCACCCCAGCAGGACCCUGUCAUACCUUCUGUUUCUAACCAAUCCAAAUCCUCCUGUCGGAACCUGCUCAAGUACCUCAAGUUGGAUCUCACAGACCGAUUUGGCAACAGCACAGCGAUGAAUAUGACUGGCGUGCUGACACUUCAGGUGAUCUCUCCUGACCCAUCUGUCAAGGAAGUCCCGCACUUUGAAGGAAAUGUAAACCAGUACCAAGUGCCUAUCAGCAAAGGAUGCGCAGUAGUGCAAAACCUGCAGAUCCAGGAGAACACUGAGGGAGUGGAUGGUUUCCAGUACAUCCUGCGAUUUACGCCCAAAUUGCACAAGACGGCCCUUCCCAAUUAUGAAGUGCCUUUCCUUUUUUAUAACGAUGCAUCAAAACAAGAAGAGAUGGCGAAAUUGACUAAGAAGAGGACAGAUCUGCUGAAGCAGCUGCAGACUUUUGAGGACCUCUUUCAGACAACUGAGAACAUCUAUACUGAACUCGAAGCUGUGAUCCGAGAUGCCCAGGCAGAAGAAUCCAAGUACAGGGGCGAAUUGAGGAGGAUUGGAUUCAACAGCAAUUUCAUCAAAGAUGAGCAACAAGUUGGUCCUGCCCUGAAGAUCUGCGAAUCGCAGAAGCAGGCGUUGGACAAUAAGAACAGGCGUGUCUACGUGCCUCCACCCUACCCAGAUGAGCCCGGUGUACUUGGCAAGGUUGGCCACCUUGCUUGGGUGGAAGAGGAUGAUGUGUCUGCUGUCCUGUCGUGGCACAUGAGAGGAGACAUUGAUGUUGUUGUCACGGAGACGAUGGACAAGGCGAAGGAUAUCUACCGCAAAACUAAUGGAAAACAGCAGGUCAUCGCUCUGGACUCAAUUUUUAAGAGGAAUACAGCGAAGGCGUUGCCUCACCUAAGGAACAAGUCAUUCACUCCAACAGGGAAUCCGAAGUUUGCACUAGACUACUUUAUAUUUCGGAAGGACCCUGAAGUGUGUCGAACUGUGUUUGCCAACUUCAUUGGGGAGACCAUCGUCUUAGACUCAUUGGAUGAUGCUACCAAGUAUAGGACAGAGGUGACGAAGUUCUGUGCCUGCCCAACCUUGCUGGCCAAGACAGGUGAGCGCAUUGCAAGCACGGGUAAGUUUGGUGGCCACCAGAACCGGGCACCUCCCAUCGGCCAGCUUCAGGGCAACGUCUUUGGGGAGCCGCCCACGAAGGACCUUGACAUAGUGCAAGACCAAAUUCAGCUCCUGAAGAAGCUAAGUGGGGCCAUGAAAAAACAGCGAGAUGCACGGACGGAACUGGAGAAACAAAAGCAGAAGGACACCACUUUUGUGAUGAAGAAGAAUGACUACGAGCAAUUGAAGAAGGAGCUGGCAGUGGUGGAUGAGGGCAUUGCAAGCCUCCAGGGUUCAGGCCAACAUGAUGACCGGCCUGUGCAAGACCUCGUGAGAAAUUCGCCUAGGCUCCAGUCUCUGCCAGCUGUACCAAUCAGCAGGUACCCUCCAGCUUCACCAAGAACACCCAGUGACGGCAGCACGAAUGGCGUUUCUCGAAGAGCACGCAUUCCUCCCGCUCCUGCCACUGCACCUGUGGAAAGGAAACGCAGGCGCAUUACGUGAUGCACUUUGAGCUCACACCAUCAUUCCACCCGUUGCGACUUAGCCUGCCGUAGGAUACCUCACUUCACUUUGUGCUUCAUUUGUAAACAGGGCUCUCUUCCUGAUCCUUUUCUUUAUUUUCCCUACAUUUUUCUUUCUGCUUUAUAUGCAGGGCAUCCUAAGCUCAUUUCUGCCUGCCACAACUGUUCGCGUGGUCAUCAUUAGUUAUUGCUGCCCACUAUGUCCUCUUUUAAUAUUGCUGACAGAUGUGUUGGCUGACAUGUUUGUUCACAGUGAAAUAAUUUACAUGUUGAGUGGCAACAUAUAAGGCGAGGAUAGUGUAGCACGUGUAUAUAUAUAGAGAGAGUACAAAGAUGCAUCUGUCUAGUUGAAAGUUAUUAUUUGUUUCUUGUGGAGAUAGAAAAACCCUUGUUUUUCUGCAUCAGUCACUCCUAUGCUUAUUUUUUUCCUCAGUGUCCUGCUUCUCAAUUGGCUUUGUAGGACAUUUUAUAUUUGGCUGGAAUACAGAGCAGGUGGUAAGCUGACAGAAAGUGCUUGUAGACAAAAGUAGUCAUUGUAAUGUGUGUGCUAUAGUCACCAGCACUUGAACGAGCCCCAUUACUGGCCAACAUUCUGUACAAUAAGUCUGUUUAGAAUUCUCUGGCCUAAUUUUGCACUGUACUUCAUUGGUUGCUUAACUCUUCAUUUCUUUUCUCCUUCCCCUUACUUAUUCUACCGCACAUUAUCACUGGAACAGAAAAUUGUUGAUUUCUGUGCGUGUCGAUGAUGUUCAAUCUGUGCUAGCCUGUUAAAACAUGCUAUUGGCACAGACAUCAGCCUUUUGAUAUUCACUGUUACUACAAAUAUUUGUUUCAUCUUUCACAUUUCACUGAUCAUGGCACAACACGGCUGAAAUCCUUUUGUGUAUAUUUUUGGUUUUACAUCUUUAUGUAGUUUUGUUGCAUAUGUCUUUAUUACUUUUUGGAAUGGCCACUUGUCUGUGAAUUCGUGCACUGCUAUGCCGUUUUUGAGACGUCAGACCUAAUUGAAUGUAUUGCAGGCCUGUAUCAUGCAAAGCUUGCUGAAAUUAAGUUCUUUUGCUCCCCAUAAAAAGACUUCCGGCGGUUGUUCAAGUUGCUUUUGUUAGCUGUGAAUCAAAAGAAACAUGAGAUUUACAUUCUUGUCAAGCCAAUAAAUACUUUUAUGCUGAUACUGUAAUUCUGAACUGUGAGCUUUUGAUAUACAUGCAUUUGUAGUUUGUUUGACUUAAUCUAAUGAACUGAUUUUAUUACUGGCAUGUGCAAAAUUCUUAUAUCAGACAGAUGUGAUGGUUUACUUUGCAUCUGCAAGCAGGCAAUCAGCUGAUCUGUUUUUCUUGAACAAUUGUACAUAAUUGUGUCAAUCUUAUGAGCUUGUUUGAAGGAAAGGUUUUACCCUUGUGUAGUUAGUGUUGGUAAGAAUUUCCAGGAAAACUGCAUUGGUGCAAGUGUUGUUUUUUUUCCUUGCUGUUCUUGGGUGAUGUAUUGAGUGGAUCCCAACCACGUAAUACCGUAAAGCCCGCCAAUGUUUGCUGCCUGAGAGGUGUCCUGUUAAGCUGCUGGUUGUACCAUAUAUCUUUAUCAUUGCAGAGUUGUUAGCUAUGACAUAGUCAUUUCAUGUUGAGGCCAUUCAUCUCCUACAGCCUACCUAUGUUUUACAAUGACAAAGCUGGAGGCACCUUGUCAUUUUGCUUUUCUGACAAUAAAGUGCUCAUUCGGAAGCAUA